UAAGCUAUAUAGCAAGUAUUUUUGUGUUAUCUACAUUUAACAAUUCUUGUAUUAAUAUAUUUUUAGCAUAUUUAAGUCAAUGAUUUUUAUUUAUGCUCUGAUUUUCAUACUGUAGUCCUUUUUUUUCGUGUGAGGAAGGAGCAACGUGUUAGAGAAUGAUUCUCGCGUUGAAGAAUGAUGAAUAUUUUUAUGAAGAUAUGUUUAAGGUAGGAACACGAGACGGGUGUGCGUGCAUAUGUGCAUAUAUGAAGUAUUUUGGCAUCUUUGUUUGUGUUGAUUUCUCAUAAUAAUUUGUCUAUCUUUUUGUAAUCUAUUGCAAUUCCAUAUUUUUUUAUACCAAGUACAUCGUCAUUUUUUGUUGUUAAAGCUUAAACCAACUAGCUAGUUGUUGUUACGAAAUCACACACACACACAUACAUAAAUAAAUAUAUAUAUAUAUUUGUUUAUUUAUUUAGUCCUUUUGAGAUUACCAUUUAAUUGAUACCCCGCCCGAUCAACUUUAUCGCAUUCGACCCAUGGCCAAGCAGGGGGACUGGUUGCUUUCCCUUAAGCCGGUGUUAGCGCUGCUUCCCGAGAUGGCGAAGCCGUUGCGCGUGCCGAACAUCAAAGAGCGUAUUCUCUGGACGGCGAUCGUGCUCUUUAUCUUUCUUAUCAGCUGCCAAGUACCGGUGUACGGGGCGCGCACGGGGAACACUUCGGAUCCUUUUUACUGGAUGCGUGUGGUGUUGGCAAGCAACAAAGGUACCCUGAUGGAGCUCGGCAUCUCUCCCAUCGUGAGCGCCUCGCUGAUCCUCGAGUUACUCGCCGGAGUCGGGUUGAUCGGCUACGACAGCAAUGAUCGCAAGCAGGCGGCGGCCUUCCAGGGUCUGCAGAAGAUCUGCGCGAUCCUUUUCACCAUCCUCGAGGCGGUUGCGUACGUUUCCUCAGGGAUGUAUGGCGAUCCCCGAGCGAUUGGAUUCUUCAUGUGUGGUGUGAUCGUCGCGCAACUCACGAUGGCAACGAUCAUUUGCAUUCUUCUCGAUGAGCUCAUGCAGAAAGGGUGGGGCAUCGGCUCCGGCUCCUCACUUUUCAUCGCCACGAACGUGUGUGAUACCAUCAUCUGGAAGAGCUUUUCGCCCUCGACGAUUAACACUGGCCACGGGACAGAGUUUGAAGGGGCCAUUAUUGCCUUUUUCCACUUGUUGGUAUCCCGCACCGACAAGGUGCGGGCGCUGCGCGAAGCUUUAUACCGCCCGCAGCUGCCAAACCUCACAAACAUCUUAGCAACAGGCUUGGUGUUCGUGGUGGUGGUGUUCUUCCAGGGCUUCCGCAUCCCGCUGAUGACGAAGGGCAAGUACAACGGCGCGGACCGCCAGCCCUACCUGAUCAAGCUCUUCUACACGAGCAACAUGCCGAUCAUCCUACAAACCAGCGUGGUUUCGAAUAUCAACUUCAUCUCGCAGAUCCUCUCACGGCACUUUGGGAAUCGUAACAUCAUCGUAAACCUGCUUGGGCGUUGGGAGCCGAGUACUUACCAUAGCGGCGGCAGCGGGCAGUACGUCCCUGUCGGCGGCCUCGCCUACUACGUCACGCCGCCCUCAAGCUUCCUCGACCUCAUGUUCGAUCCCAUGCGCAUGAUCUUCUACAUCGUCUUCGUGCUCGGGAGCUGUGCGAUCUUUUCACGGCUGUGGAUUACGAUCUCUCACACCGCGCCGCGUGACGUCGCGAAGCAGCUUGCCGCACAAGGGCGGUGGCUCGUGCAGACGCGUGAGAGCGAGGAGGAUAUGGCGCGCCUGCUCGAUAAGUACAUCCCCGUCGCCGCGGGGUUUGGCGGGCUUUGCGUGGGCGUUCUCACGCUCUCCGCUGACUUCCUCGGCGCGAUCGGCAGCGGUACUGGUAUUAUGCUCUCCGUUACGAUGAUUAAUCAGUACUUUGAGAUCCUCCAACAGGAGGGGCAGGAUCUUGGGUUUGGUACGCUGAAGCAGAAGAUGGCGUAA